AUGGGAUGGGGGCAAUUUGGACAAAUCCUUGUCCCUUUCGGCUGGAGUGUCCUGUGGCAAAGGAAUGAAAAAUUGCAGUGGCUUUCGGCAAAGCCAGCCUUUUUCAGUGUGUCGUGGCAAAAGCAUCACUCGAAGAACAAGAAGUGCUUUGUCUGCAAUAAACCGACGCUUGGCAUCUUCAAUGCAGCGCAGGAGAUCCGGAAGAAGAUUGCCCAGGACAAGAAGCAGCAGGACCUUUGA